AUAUAAAACUGAAAAUAUAUAAAAUACAGGGAUCUUAAAUUAGCAAAUUUCAAUUAAAGCCAAGUAUACAACACUUAAAUACCUUAAGACUAAUAUUAGAAAAAUUCAAUUAAAACUAUAAAUAUUAAAGAAACCUAAUUCUCAUAACUGCAACUAAGUAUUUCAAGUAAAAAAUACUAAUUAAUUUUCAAAUAUUAAUUCUAUAAGAAAACAACGUUUUUAAAGUCCAACAACUGGAGACUAAAGAGCGCGGUUACCAAGGUUUCUAUUCAUAAAAAAAGCAUUUAGAUCGCAAACUAUUCGUUGGUAUGCUAAGCAAGCAGCAAACUGAAGAGGAUGUUAGACAAUUAUUCAGCCCUUUUGGCAGCAUAGAAGAGUGCACCAUUCUGCGUGGUCCGGAAGGCGCCAGCAAAGGUUGUGCUUUCGUCAAAUUUAGUUCGCAACAGGAGGCCCAGUCCGCCAUAACCAAUUUACACGGAAGUCAAACUAUGCCGGUAAGUCUACAUAAUUUGCGAUCCUACGUAAGUAAUUAACAUUAUAAAUAUUUGUAACUACAAAUAGUAUUCACAAAUACAGCACUCAUACAAUGCAAUGAGAAAAUUACACGGUGCAUUAGCCAAAAAAAUACAAAAAAUGGUAUAGCAAAAAUGAAAGACCUUUUUUUACAGUAUAUUGUAGCUUCCCUCCGCCGCCGUAGCCGAAUGGGUUGGUGCGUCACUACCAUCCGGAAUUCAGAGAGAGAACGUAGGUUCGAAUCCUGGUAGAAUACCAAAAUUGAGAAGACGUUUUUUUCUUAUAGCGGUCGCCCCUCUACAGGCAAUGACAAACCCCCGAGUGUAUUUCUGUCACGCCAAAAAGGAGGAGCAGCUCAGCCAAACAUCCAAUAAAGGAUGUAUGCGCCAGUUACAUACGUAUAUAUAGAUAUAUAUUGUAGCUUCCCUAAUUUGUUCUCAAUUUGGUCUAAAUUAUUUAGAGAAAAACUAUUAUAAAACGACAUUUCUACAAUAUUAGCUUUAAAAUUCGAUAAAACAAUUUAAUGGCGCAUAUUUUAACGGAAUAUUUCGGAGAAAAUUUCUCAGCCAAAAACUAGGUGUGAUAAUGGACAAAAGUGCACCAGUAAUUUAUUUCUAACACUUUUGAACCUAUCGGACUCACUAUCUGCUCCAAUGAAUUGCAAUCUGUACAUAACACUUACCAGCAACAGUUAUAUUAGAGCAACUUCGCAAAACUUCCGAAAAUGUAUUAUUUAUGUAUUAUGUUUAUUUAUAUGUAUUUCAAAGAAGAAUAAACAGUAGAAUAUUUCUUACUUUUUGGACUCUUUUGACUCUCAUACGGUACUAUCCGGUGUUGAGAUUGAACCUAUCCUACGCUUCAAAAGAGCGUCCAAAUGGUACUAGAUUUAAAACUACCUCCAAAAAUAUGUUUUUAAAUGUUUUAAUUAAAUUAAUUUCCUAAACCACUCUUCCCACAAAAUCAUGGCAGAUUAUAGAAGAAUUUUAGCUUAAAGGGCUUCUCAAAACUGUUCAAUGGAAUCAGCGGACCGGAGAUGUAUUUGUGAAAAAAAAUUUGCAUAGUGAAUGAGUUAAAAAUUAAAGGCUUAAAAAGCACAACUUUCCCUUUAGAAGUCUAAUUGCGUCCCGACUUUGUUGAAUUAUUCAAGUUUUAUUUAAACAGAUCUUCGAAAAAGCAAAAUUUUAGCCAAAAAUAUCAUUAUUAUAUAUUACUUUCAUGACUUUCAUUAAUAAAAUGUUUAAACAUUUUAUCAGUACCUUUUAUUCUUAAACUUUUCUAUCAUUUGAAGCGAGGUUUUGGAAAUAUAAAUUGUAUGCGUAAAAAACUCGAUUUUUGAAGUUAUUCUCAAAUCACUCCGACUUACAUAGAUAGAUCUUCCUAUUUUUCCGAAGUAUUUUUUGGCGGAAAUCUUAAUAUCUGUAUAGCUUUCAAUAGAAAAACUUUACUUAUUUUAUUGUUUUUUAUUUUUACGGAGAGAGACGUUCUAUUGUGUACACUGUAUACUGCACUACAUAAAUAACUAUAUGGCGCAUGAAGUAUCCCAGUAUUUGCUCGAAGUAGGAGGCUCUCACAGCAUUCUUAGGGCAGUUUCCACUAGCAGUAACUCAAAGUGAGUGUAAAGUUCAUUUUAAACACAGACUUCGCGCACUUUUUACGACCAACACAACCAUAAAACUAAAAGGACACCAAACAUUUGCAAAAAAGAAAAAAUAAAAAAAAUACAAAAUCAUAAAACUUACGCGAAACUGCAUUAUAAAUGACAGACGCAUGGAAAAUGCUGUAAAAGCGCAUGUGAACGACUCAAUUCGCACAUUUCCUGAAAACAAUUGCACUGCACUGCUCUACACCGCGCAAUACGGAGUAAAGUACAUUUACCAUGGCGUGUGUGAGUGUAUGCAUUUGUAAGUAUCUAUCGCGCGUAAAAGGGCAUUGAAAUGGCACGCAUGUUAAAAUGGCAAAGCAUAAAAAUCCAAGUGGAAAAGCGGAAAUGUAAAGAAGUCCAACAACUUGCAAUAAGUUAAAAAAAGACAUAAAACCAAAAAACAAAAAAUACAUUAUCAAGAUUUUAGUGAGUAGUGGACGCUUGUGACACGUACAACACUGGCAGCAGAGGCAGCAAGACUGCAGUGGCAAACAGUAUGCGCGCAUUGCGCUUUUGCUGAAUACUAACUUAAAGGAAAUGAGAAUUUUUGGUUAGAGCAAGUGCAAGUUCUACUAUUCAUGCGUACGUAUGUGCAUGUGUAUGUAAAUGGCACAUUCGUGCAACUCAUAAAAAAGUCAUUGCUGUUAAAAGUGGAAAACUUCCGGUGCUUCGAAACAACUGAGAAAUAAAAUGCUUGCAAAGUUGGGAGUAAGUAGUAAGUCGUAAAAGUUUGAGGAGAAGGAGUAGUUAGAGAAGUAAUUGUGAUCGCAGUAGUUGGUGAAAAAAAGAAAAAUUUAAUCAUGCUGAAGUAAAAAACAAGAAAAGCAACAAGCAAUAAGGAGUCAGCGCCGCCGGCGCAACAAAACAGAAAGAAGGCACCUAUGAUCCACUACUGCAACAUUGUAUUACUUACAAUAUAAAGCUUUUGUAGUAGCCACUCGCUAACCUACCAGUUUGUCAACUAAAGCGUCAAUGUUGCUGA